UUGGGUGGGGGCGGAGGGUGACAGGAAAAAAGAAAUCUUUGGCCAGUUGUCCCGGGUGGAAUGGGGAAGCAGGGAAGUUCGACACUUCUGCGCCCACUCCAAGCGGACAGGAACCACCCUGUCCUAGCCCUGGGGUGGGACACAGGACUAAGGUUGGGCGGAGACUGGAUGAAGGGGCGGGACUGGGGGAGGACCCCCAGGGUCUUCAUUACGGAUUCGGGCCGCGGGGGCUUCUGGGGACUCCUUCCACGGAUGGCGCGCAAGCGCGGGAGGUGGCGGGAGGGUCCCGGGAGCAGAGCCGUCGGGUGCGUUAGAGGGCUGGGGUUGGCUUCUUGGUUCCGGCGCGAUUACCGACGUGCGCUCCCUUCACGACCCGGACGGCGACUUCCGCGGCUCCUCCCGGAACUGGCUCCGGGUGUGCUGAGCGAAGCCCUGGCGGGGAACCGCGCUCGCAGCCAUAUCGGUUUUGUCAGACAUAGUUGCAGAGGAUGCGGAGUGAGAUGCGUGAACAGUGGAGUACGAUCCGCCCAGAGGCUGCUGCAGAGUGCCUUUGUCAGACAUAAUUCGGCUCAAAUCACACUGCAUAUAUAGAGAGUACAUGGGUGCUUAGCCCAAGCCUGAGAAUUACUGGAAUCUUCUGGUAAGACAAAUUUCAACUACAAUGGGAGUUCUGUCUAGGAAGAUGCAGCCUCUGAAUAAGUUGAUGGCUAUUUCAAAACCUCAAAACUCGGCUCUGCAUGAACAGAGUGAGGUCCUGAGUACUGAUAUGUCUUGGCAGCAGGAAACCAUCUCCAUCAUGGAGACAUAUGACUGUGAGGCCUCUCGUCAAAAGUUCAGACACUUCCAAUAUUUGGAAGUGUCUGGGCUUCAUGAAGCCUUUAGCCAACUCUGGGAGCUCUGUCUUCAGUGGCUGAGACCAGAGGUUCAUACAAAGAAGCAGAUCCUGCAGCUGUUGGUGCUGGAACAGUUCCUGACAAUUCUCCCUGAAGAUGUCAGGACGUGGGUGAAUUUACAGCAUCCAAAGAAUAGCAAAGAAGUGGUGACCCUCAUAGAAGAGGUGAUCGAGAUGCUUAAAGAGGAAGAGAUACCCUGCAAGAAAUCUGUCCUCCAGAAGGGGAGCGUCAGGAUGGAAAAAAUGGAAGCUGACUCACUAACAGGCAAAUCCCAGGAACCAGUGACAUUCAAAGAUGUGGUUGUGGCGUUCAGCGAGGAUGAGUGGGGGCAGCUGGACCCUGCUGUAAAGAACCUGUACAGGGAUGUGAUGCUGGAGAACUAUAAGAACCUGAACUCACUGCAUAAAGAGCAUCUACUUUGCAAACCAGUUGAGAUCUCUGAGGAAAAAAGAUGGAUAAUGAAGAAAGAAAUCCCAAGAACAACUGUUUUUGACAGAGAGACAUUUUCAGAAAACCAAGAUUCAGUUCCAAAGCAGAGAAUUUCUGGAGAAGAAUCCUCCCAUGGAGUGAUUAUGACAAGAUUGACCAAAAGUGGACAGCCUUCUUUAGAUGUCAGGACAGGUGAUGACUGGUUGUAUAGGAACCAGAAACACUGGGACAUAAAUUUGACACAACAAGCUUUCAUUCAUAAGACAGUCUACCCUGAGGAGGGAAACUUUGAAUGUUGUGAAAAUCAGAAAAGCUUUAAUGUUAAGUCAGCUAAUUCAAUUUUUGAUAUACAACAGAGAAUUUCUAUGAGAAAGAGGUCUUCUAAGUGUGACAGGUUUAAAAAUAAUUUCAACUUUAAUUUGGACUCAGUAGGUAAGCAACAUUCAGAAUAUAAUGAUUGUAGGAAUGCCUUGAGCCUGAGUACAGAUAUUCAACAUCCACGAAGUAAUACAGUGAAUUCCUAUGAAUGCUAUCAGUGUAAGAAAGCCUUCAGCCGGAGUUCAUCCCUCAUUCGUCAUCAGGUCAUUCACACAGGAGAGAAACCCUAUAAAUGCAGUGAAUGUGGGAGAUCAUUCAACCGACGUACAAACCUUAUUAAGCAUCAAAAAAUACAUACUGGUGCAAAGGCCUGUGAAGGCAAUACAUGUGGAAAAGCCUCCAGUAAGAGUGAAGAUGGUAAUAAAAAUCCAAGGUUCGUUUCUGGAGAUAAUCUUUAUGAAUGUGUUAACUGUGGAAAAUCCUUUACCCGGAGCUCCUCUCUGAAUCGACAUCAAAUAAUUCACACUGGAGAGAGACCAUUCAAAUGUAAGGAAUGUGAGAAAACCUUCAACAGGCAUUCAAACCUUAAACAACACCAAAAACUUCAUAUUCAGCAGAAGUCCUACGAUAGGAAUGAACACAAGAUUACCUUCAGUCAGAGAGCAGAACUCAUACAACAUCUAUGAAUUUAUGCUGGAAGGAAUCCUAUGAAUAUAGGAAAUGUAAAAGAACAUCUGUUAGAUAUUUAAUUGAUGUGACUGAAUUAAUAUUGGAAAGAAAUGUGUUACUGUACAGAAAUGUUUGAGGGAGUUUUACCAGGCCCCCAGAUGAAGCCAUAAGGGUUUGAAGUUGAAUUUUUCAGUGUACAAGUCAAAGUCUAUCAUUAUUCUGAUAGCCAUUGCUGUUGUUGUUCUCUGGUUUGUAAUUGGGACAUAUGGCAUAUUUAUAUUUAUCUGAUCUUUGAAGUGGGUGGGUAUUAGGGAAGAGUCAACCAAUAUCCUUAGAGCUGAUAUUUAAUAAAAGUCAAACCUCCAGUCCUUAUAAGAAGGUCACAAGAAACCAGGAGUUUAUGAGAAUAUAGGGGGACUGUAUUUCUAAAGACUGAACUCUCUAAAUUAAUAGCCAGGACCACCGUGACAGCCAGUGUCUCUACCCCCAAUAAUAUCCCUGGCUGUGCUGGUGCUGAGUGAGGACUAGGAUUCGAAGAGGGUUAUCAACUGCAGUAGGAGGUAAACUAACAAAUUAUAUGUAUUCUUCAAAAUCUGCACUUUUAAAAGUACUACUGUGGAAUCUAUGGUGGACAGAGAGCCAUAGCCAUAGGUCUAUCAUUUUACCCCAAACAUUAAGAAGUCAAUAAAGUGUCUUAAUACUCUU